AUGCCAGUAGAACACGGUUUGAAGCUUGAUGUUGGAGAUGGAAAGGUUUUCUUAGAGCUCUACCUGGAGCGUUUAGACGCCGAUGCGGAAGGAGCUGGUAUGCAAUCAAAAGGAUUGGCCCGCAAUGCGCGCGUGAUGAGCUACAUCGACCGGCGAAAGUUGCCAUUGUGGGUGCGGAGAGAAGAAUGCUAUGCUUGUGGGAGCGAAAGCACGACAACAGCGGCUUAUUUCAGGUCGAAAUUAAUGAAACAACGACACGUCUACCGGGGCAUUGUAGCCACCCAGGGCUCUGGGUUCUGUAUGUUUUUUGCUCAACAGACGCAGGAUGGUGGGGUGUACCAGAUUCGGUGUGUCGUGCUUGAUUUCACCCUCAAACAGCAGCUGGAUCGCGGGCUUUGGCAGGCUCCAAAGCGCACGACCCCGCUCGAGCUGUUGGUUGCCCGCAGACGUGAUUCGCUGCUCCGAAACCGCUCCAGGGUGUCUACACAUGCGCAGAUUGCUGAUUUCCGCCGCCAGUUUUCCAAGACGUGCGCGAGUUGUGUUUUGAGCGGGCUCCGAUUGCGUGGGAUCCCCGAAACACAUCCAGAAUUUCAAGCGCUGUUUAAAACCACUCUCGCCACGGUUGAAUUUGCCCACAGACACGACAUGAGUGCGCCCCGCGAGCCGCUUGGAUUCGAAACCGUUCAGGAAUCGGUGGAAACAGUGCUGAAGCUGUUUACCAGCUCGUGA